CUCAUCUGCGACUCCAAGCGGGUUAACUAGCGGGGUAUCAUCGAGAUAAUGGCUAUAUAACCUGCCAGGCAAUCAGCCCCUAUACGACACGAGGGCUUAUUGUUUGCAUUCGUCAUGACUGGCAUUGAGAUCUUACAAGGGGUGUCAGCCCAGCCGCUGUUGUUGGCGGCCGUCGCAGUUGCCAGUGUCAUUCUUUUAAGAUGCUUCUAUCGCAUCUACCUUCAUCCUUUAUCGUCAGUACCUGGACCUAAGAUCGCCGCCUGCACCUCGCUAUGGCUGGCGUACCACACGUAUGUUGGUGAUGAAUGCACUGUCGUCUAUGAAUUGCACCGGAGAUACGGACCCGUUUUACGAGUCGCCCCCAACGAUGUUGACAUUGCCGAUAAAGAUGCGCUGGAGCCAAUCUACAUUGCUCGCGGAGGCUUCCCCAAGACGGCAGCAUAUUCCAAAUUUGAUAUCGAUGGACACACAACGAUAUUCUCCACUUUGACAUUGCCUGAGCGAGCGACGCGGGCCAAGGCUGUCGCGCCCCUGUUCUCUACUGCUUCAAUCCGAAAUUCUCAAAAAGCAUUGGGCGACGUUUUUGACGACUUUGUGAGCAGAUUACAGGCUGAGGCACACACUGGCAAACCGGUCAAUGUGCUGAAUGCGACACGCGCCAUGGCGAUUGACGCCGUGAGUGCCUAUCUCUUUCACGAGAGAUAUGGAGCCAUCACGGAGAAGGCAGAGUCGAUGUCGGCUUCACCAUUUGUGGACUCCUAUGUCGGUGUCGGGGCCUUCUUUAAUGUUGUACCCGGGAAGACCGGGGAUUUAUUCAUGGCGAUGGUCGAGCGCUGGUCAACAAACACUAUGGUGGAGAAAUCGCACGGUCUGAUGGAUCAGUACACGAGACAGCUCAUUCAGAGCGCAAGGCCAAAGAGUGGAAGCUACCAGAGCCGCCUUUUGGAAAAGACAUCCACCACGCAGUCACAAAUUGAAGUGAAGGACGUCUGCUUUGCAGGAACCGACUCGACCGGAAUGAAUACUGCAACCAUCAUGUGGUACCUGGCAAAGCAACCAGAAACGUAUGCUCGUCUCAGACAAGCCGUUCUGCAGACCAUAGAAAAUGAGGAAGACCCCACAACCUGUGCUUAUCUGCGCGGCGUCAUCCGGGAAGGCCUCCGACUCUCAUGGGCCAAUCCUAUUCGAUUGCCUCGUAUGGUUCCGGCUGGUGGUUGGCAGUUUCGGAACUUCUACUUCCCGGCUGAGACCAGUGUCGGUGUGGCGGCCUUCCAGCUGCACCAGGAUGACACUGUGUUUCCUGAGCCGCAGCGAUUCCUCCCUGAGCGCUGGGAUAAUGCGGACGAUGCAAUGCUCACAGCUUUCUUUGCAUUUGGCAAAGGUACUAGAGCAUGUAUUGCCCAGUCGCUGGCAAUGUAUGAAGUCACCAUGGCUAUUUCCAAAGUGGUCGAGUCAGAUGUGCUCCGGGGAGCGACGAUUGUCGAGGACCGAAUCGAGAUCAAGGAGUGGUUCAACUCAAAAGUCAAAGGAGAGGAGAUUUUGAUACAAUUUUCACGGGACUGAAACAUACAUGCCCAUACGCGUUGAAUAAAGACAAAUUAUAGACAUGGGUUCCGAGCUAAGCCAAACUAUGUACGCGAAUGAAAGCAUUCAAAAAUUGUCUCGAGAAAAAUCGAUAUCCUUACCAUUUAUCCACUCGAUCAUUUCCUGAU